AUGACUUCUGAAGCUCCAUCCACCGACCUGACCACGGAACAAUCGACUUCCGAAGGACCAGCGAACUCGACCGAAACGGAAGGCUCGACGACGAAUUAUUCCGAUGCAGGGACAAUCUCAAUAGAAUCUUCUACCCUUGACAGCUCGACGAGAGGCUCGACUCCUGAAUCAACGGUGACGACUGCUGCUUCGACUUCGACGGAUGCUACGACUGACUCGAGCUCACGGACGACGACCAGUUCGACAAGUCUUCCAACGCACACGACUGGAUCCACAAUUACGCAUUACACGACAUCGUCGGCUGGCUCGAGCUCGGGUUCAAACUCCUCAACAGCUGGGCCGAACACGACGGCAGAAUCGAUUACGAAACUGCCCAUCUCGAGCUCGACAGCUGGAACCUCUUCUUCCGGCUCCUCGUCAUCCGGAUCCUCCGCCUCGACCGGGUACCGGCUCAUCAUCGUCUGGAACGUCUUCAACUGGUUCAUCGUCUACUGGAACUACGAGCGGAGGUUCAUCAAGCGGAAGCACUGGCUCAUCGACAGGUUCAACCGGAUCGAUAGGCUCCUCAGCGGGCUCGACUGGCACAUCAACUGGUUCGACAGGGACAACCUCCUCAGGGACUACCACAAGCUCAACCCGAUCGACUUCCACAGCCUUGCCGAAGACCACAACCACAACGACAAGGACCACAGGAACUACGGAAACCACAUCGGACACCUCGACAAGCUCGACCGGAACAACGGAAUGGACGAAACAGGAAUCGGAUGCGACGGCGCUGACGAUCAGUCAGAGCGGAACCACGACCCCUACCCCUGCGCGACGGCUUGCCCGCGGAAUUUCACCCUCUUCAACGAUACGUAUGUAUUUUAUCUGAAUUAUUAUGCCGUUAUCAAAUUUGCCUGCUCGUGCUCCCCUCCUCCUACAACACGUACUCCACAGCCUCGGCCGGCUGUACUGGCUGCACAGGGCUUCUCCGAGCUGUUCUUCGUCAACCCGCGCGGGAACAAGCUGUUCAACACCCAGAUUAUGCUGAUUGCCGGCUACGACAAGAACCAGUUCCUCGUCGACCUCGACGGCAAGCGGCGUUUCUGGCUCGGACCCUCGUUCCGCUUCGUGUGGCCCUGGAUGAUCGGCUUCACCAUCGGCAUCACCGUGGUGUUCAUCGACUGGAAUGCCGUCUAUCGGAACUGCCCGUUCGUCGCCGCCGCCCCGAUGGCCUUCUUCGUCUACUACAUGGCGUUGUCCUACGCCACGCAGUACGACGACAUGCUGGCCAGCAUCAUCUCGUUCGCCGCGUCGAUGGUCUACUCGGCCAUCACCGGCGGCCAGGCCGUCUUUACCCGCAGCCCGACCCGCGCCAAGUUCCGCCCGGACCAGGCGGUCAAGGCGGCGAAGAAGGCGGCAAAGGAGCGGGCCGACCGCGAGCAGGCCGAGUUGGAGGCCAUCGAGGCCUACAACGACGACCUCAAGGCCCGAUUCCCGGACAUCCCGGCGGAGCUGCUCCGCAACGCCCCGCAGCCCGGCCCGAAGGAGCGCAAGCUGUUCUGGCGCCUGAUGGAGCGCUGGACCUUCAAGCAGGUCCACCGCCGCGACCAGAUGAGCGCGCUGUGGGACAAGUUUGUCCGCGAAGUCGUCAACUUCGACAGCGUCGACGUCAAGGAAAUGGAGGACAGGCUGGACCUGGCGCCCUUCACAUCGCUGGUCGCCUGGCUCACCUACGUCCCGCCGAGGCACCAGAGAGUCACCGCCGUGCACCGCGAAGAGCUGGUGCGCGACAACGGGCAGUUCGGCGGCCGCCGAUUCGACCGACCAGAGGAGAUCCUGCUCGACGAGCAGAUCGACAAAUUCUGGGGCGGCGUCGAGGAGUACGAGGAGGAGCGGCAACAGCAGUGGCUCCCGGUCUACGACGAUGACGCUGCCUUCACCCGCUGGCUCGGGACGGAGCACGAGGAGGCCGCCCGAUUUAAGCCAAAGGAGGCUUGCCCGGACCCGGAACUCCCCAACCGCAGCAUCAACCCCCGGAACCGGCCGGUCGACAUCUACUGGCUGAACGACGCCAGGCCGGGAUUUAUCGGCCCGAAGCGCCAGCAAAUGGUCGAGCUGGGGCCAUGGGACGGCUUCGUACGCAAAGCCCUGCACACCCAGAAUGCCGUCGACCUCGAGUGGGAGCCGGUUUGGGCCCAGCACGUGUUCGAGCGGGACAGGGAGGCCAAUGGCCCUCACCCGUACGACUCGUUCGUCCUCGGCCAGGACUGGUUCUGGAACGAGCCGCAAUGUAUGCAAACCGGCAACAUGUACAUGGGAAUU